ACCAUGAACAAAGCUCACCCUUCACAGUUAAAAAAAUUUAUGAACAACAAGUUAGUGUUGAAAUUGAAUGGUGGCAGGCAUGUCCAAGGAAUAUUAUUAAAGGGAUUUGAUUCCUUUAUGAAUGGCGUGGAGAUGGCAACUAGUGGUCAACAGAGCAAUAUUGGAAUGGUGAUUCUAGGAGGCAGUGGUAACAUGUUAGAAGCACUGGAAUGA